AUGGGCAAAAAGCGAGUUCUUGUCGGCUACGGUGUUGACAUCGACGCAGUAGCUGGCUGGCUAGGCUCAUACGGAGGCGAGGAUAGCGUGAGCGAUAUCAGUCGAGGUCUCUGGGCAGGACACAUCGGCACACCGCGCGUGCUGAAGCUUUUCGAAAAAUACAACAUCAAAGCAACAUGGUUCAUCCCAGGUCACACCCUAGACACCUUCCCAGAGGAAUGUGCCAUGGUCCGGGACGCAGGCCACGAGAUCGGGUUGCACGGCUACUCGCAUGAAAACCCCUGUGACUUGUCUACGGAGCAACAGCGCGACAUCCUCGACAAGACAUAUAAGAUGUUGACUGAGUUCUGCGGAAAGCCACCACGCGGGAUUGUCGCGCCGUGGUGGGAGGCUAGUGCAGAGAUGGUUGAGCUCUUGCUCGCUUAUGGAAUUGAAUAUGAUCAUUCCAUGUCCCAUGAGGAUUGUCAGAUGUACUGGUUGCGGACUGGGGAUACAUGGACGAAGAUUGACUAUAAGCAGAAGGCGGAGACGUGGAUGAAACCACUCGUCAGGGGUAAUACUACUGGACUUGUGGAGAUACCUGGCAGUUGGUAUAUUGAUGACUUACCGCCGAUGAUGUUUAUCAAGAAUUCGGCGAAUAGCCAUGGAUGGGUUAAUCCGCGUGAUGUUGAGGAUAUUUGGAGGGAUCACUUCGACUAUUUCUAUCGAGAAUACGACGAGUUUGUCUUCCCCAUGACGAUUCAUCCCGAUGUCUCAGGUCGGCCUCAUGUUUUGCUCAUGCACGAAAGGCUCAUUGAAUAUAUCAAUAGUCAUGAGGGAGUGGAGUGGGUUACGUUCGAACAAAUGUGCGAUGAGUUCAAAGGGAAGAACCAGCCACCUCUAGGUGCGCUCAUGCCUGCUGCUCCGGGAGCGAUUGCAAAAGCACAGGCACAAGAGUAA